AUGAGGCUGAAUUCAGGUCAAGAUAAUGGUCCUGCUACCGUCAAGUCUGGACGGCGCAAGCUCAGACCAGGCGAGCCAAGUGAAUGGAACCAGAGGCCUGACGAUGCAGCUCCUCCACCUCACCCUCGUGGCUCGGUAUCAAUACAAAGACGACUGGAUCCGACGCAGGCGCCGUCACAACCGCAAUUGACGACUCGCAGGCGAGAGCACAGCAGUUCAAAAGCCGUAGAUACUUCUGCGCCCGCUCCCCCGCCGGCGACUUCUGCUGCUGCCGUUGCUGCAGCCGUUGCUGCAGGUGGCCGCUCUAACGCCGCACCAUGGCAACCGGGUCUAUCUAGAGUCGCCUCGGAAGCUUACCGUCGACCAAGUGGCACGCUGAUGGACUCGUACGACGGAGAGGAUGAGUCUGCUAACGAGCAACGACCUCCGCGACGUACGAGGAGGCACUCCUCUCCAAACUAUCCUCGACGCCGACUCAUGCCUGGAGCGUACUCUGAGGCCUCAACACACAGAUCGCCUAGCGUCUCAUCCUACGGCGGCGAUGAAGAUGAUGGUCUAGAGGUGGAGGAAGUAUUGCCCGACGCAUCGUCUCGUCAUAGUAGACGGCGUGUGCCAAGCCAUGACGAUUAUCUUGAUUCCUCAAUUGAGAGAGACCGCUUCCGAAAAAGAUUUACGCCGCGGCGGUAUUAUUCCGAUAACGAGCAAGACUCUGACUCACCGCUAUCGGCGAGUGAAAUGGCCUCUUCACACACGCGAGAGUCCUCCAGAGUGCGUGAGAGGAGCGAGUCGCGCCACAAGGCCCAACGUUAUCAAUUGACACAUGCGAUUGAAGGCUCGCGCCCAGAAGGAUCGCGCCCACCUGCGGCGUCAAGGAAAAGCUCCAAUAACAAAUUGGCCAGGCGUGCUACGUCGACAGGACGAGAUGGCGUAGGGUACAGGUCGGCAGGGUCGGCAUACGAGGAUCGAGAUCCUCUUCCUCGAAGAUCAUUCACCAUGCGAUCGGCUCGCAGUCUUAAUGGCUCGACGUCCGGGCCAGCCCGCAUCUUGGGCAAUGUCUUCGGCAACACUCUCUCUAGACCUGCAUCACCAGACAAGUUUUUCCAACUUGAAAAACAAACCAAGUCGGAUAAACGAAAAGGCAUUGCAUGCGUCAUUUGUAUGGAAGACACGCCACCAUCAAAAGGAGCUGAUCUCAAAUGCGGUCACCGAAUGUGCAAUGCGUGCAUGAAACGCAACUUUGAAAUGUCGAUUCGUGAUCCGCAGCACAUGCCUCCACGCUGCUGCACAAAGGCUCACAUCCCACUCAAGCAUGUUGAUAAGCUGUUUGAUGAUGCUUUCAAGAGGGCAUGGAAUCGCAAAUUUGCCGAGUAUUCGACAGGCAACCGAGUCUACUGCCCAUCAAAACGAUGCGGUGAAUGGAUUAAACCCACCAGCUUUUAUAGGGGCGAGGAUGGUAGAAGGGUUGCCCGAUGUGGUCGUUGCAACACCAAAGUUUGUCCAAAGUGCAGUUCGAGGUGGCACAGCUCUCUUGAGUGCCCUCGUGACGAAGAGACCAACAAAUUCCUUGAUCAAGCCAAGGAAGAAGGCUGGAAGAGAUGCUACAAGUGCAAAUCCAUGGUAGAACUCAAAGAAGGAUGCAACCAUAUGACAUGUCGAUGUGGAGCCGAAUUCUGUAUGCUAUGCGGCACCAAAUGGAAAGGUUGUAGCUGCCCAUGGUUCAAUUACGAAAAUGGAAGCAAUCCAUGGCAAAACAACGCAUUGGAUGAUUUAAAUAUCCCUCCGGAAGAUCUCCGAAAGAUCCUUCGAAGCAACAGACCAAUUUCUAUGGAGGAUUUGCGAACAUAUUCUAGACCUACUACCUCAAUGCCCGUGCGACCAAGGCCUCAAAACUAUGAAGAGGAGAUGCUCCUUCGCCGACUCCAAGAGCAGCGCGAUGGAGAUUUAGCAAGGAGGAUGCAGCACUCAGACGAGUAUGACCGUGAGCAUGAUGAGGAACGCGAGGAAGACCACGGUCAUGGCCGCGACCGCCAUCGAGACCGAAAGAGAGACCGAAAUCGAAAACGUGAUCGGGAUCGUGAACGGGAUCGCGAGCGUGAACGUGAGCGCGAGAACCCUUUCGCUCCCAUCUCUGCUCCCAUGACGCCAGAUGUAGAGGAAGAUGAAAUGGACUUUGGAUUCCCUGGCGGCAAGUAUCAUCCGGCCGAGGAUUACAGACGAACAAGUAUGCCGGCCCUAUCUACCACUGCCCCAAUCGCCCAGCAGCCGCAGCCUUACGCUGGCUAUGUUACUGAGGUCAAUCGUGCGAGAGGUCCGCAGCGCAGUAACUCCAUGGAGCAGCGCCUGGCUGAUAGGCUGUCGGAGAAUCGCUCAGGGCGCCGAUCGACAGGACCUUCUCCUCCAGCCCCAGUUAUGCGGCCUCAUGUUAUACACCAGAGAGAUGCUGCUACAGAUAUGGGAAUAAGCAUGGCGAUGGGCGCGAUGGGUAGGGGAGCUAUACCGCCACCAUCAGCUUAUGCCCCAUUACCGGCGAUGCCCCCGCCAGGAAUGAUGAGACCGAAUCCCUUUGGAGGGGAUGCAUACUACGACAAUGCUUAUACAACAGCACCGAAAUCUGUACACGAUCCGUAUUAUUAUGGAGGCAUGGACGGUGCUGAGGCUGAGCUCCCCUCUCCCCGCCGCAGAUCACGGCGUAGCGGCGAAGAGCGUGAGAGACCCAAAUCAUCAACUCUUGCAGGAUUGACUGGAUAUGGACGGGGCGCUCACCGUGUGUCUGAGUGGAGAAACUUUGUUGUGCCGGGCUUUCCUGAGCAGGAGUGA